CGCAGAACAAGUGAUGGAUGCGCACGGACUGCUCCCGAGCUGGUGACAUCCUGCGCUUUAUUUGUCGCAUUUAUGCUUUUAGAAAGAAAUAAAAAGUAAAAUAAAAAUAUUUGAAAAAAAAAAAAAAAACACGUUUUUUAUGCGUGUUGGAAGCAGAAAGUCAACCAGAGCUCGCUGUUUUUAGUUCACCUCUGUAAAAGUGUUUAUCAUUUUAGUUUGGGGGCUCGAUUGCUGAGGAUUUGGAGCGGGUCAGAGGAGUGAGGCAACAUGCCUUAAAGCUGGAGUCCAACUUUUCCACGCGCUUCUUAUGGAAUAUAGUCCGAUUCUGCACAGUUUCCAUGUUGUGCCAUCAUCCUACGUGAAGAACAAACUGCUCGUGUUCUGCGUCAUGCUCUCGCUGUGGGUUUAUAUGAUCUACUGCUGCGUUGGCUACUGCUCCACGGUACCGAACCUGACGUUCGGUUCGGCGAGGAGCCACGAACCGGACGCAGCGGCGGCUGACAGGCAGGGCCCGUCUCUGGGGGCCUCCAGGGACUUGUUGAAUAAUGAGAGCGACCUGGACAGCAGAGGAGACGAGUGGGACGAAGUCCGAGGCGAGGCGACUAAUAUUAAUAAUAAUAAUGUCGUCACGUCCAGCUUCCUCAAUGAGACGGAGAGCAAAAAGUUGCCGCGGGCCAUCAUCAUCGGGGUGAAGAAGGGAGGGACGCGCGCGCUGCUGGAGUUUCUGCGCCUGCAUCCAGACAUCAGGGCGGUGGGAGCAGAGCCGCACUUCUUCGACCGCAACUACUACAAGGGACUCGAGUGGUACAGGGAUUUAAUGCCCAAGUCAUCAGAAGGUCAGCUGACGAUGGAAAAAACUCCCAGCUACUUUGUCACGAGGGAAGUCCCUGCUCGGAUCUACACCAUGUCCAAAGACACCAAACUGAUCGUUGUUGUCCGGGAUCCAGUCACGAGGGCCAUCUCGGACUACACCCAGACGCGCUCCAAGAAGCCGGACAUCCCUCCCUUUGAGAGCCUCACUUUUAAAAACAUGUCAGCAGGUCUGAUUGACACCACAUGGAGCGCCGUUCAAAUCGGCCUGUAUGCCAAGCACCUCGAGCGCUGGCUGCAGUUCUUCCCCAUGGAGCAGCUGCUGUUUGUUAGCGGAGAGCGUCUCAUUACCGACCCCGCGGGUGAGAUGGCUCGCGUCCAGGACUUUCUCGGACUCAGGAAGGUUGUCACGGAGAAGUAUUUCCACUUUAACCCAGCCAAAGGCUUCCCCUGCCUUAAGAGACCCGAGGGGAUAAGCAAGCCACACUGCUUGGGAAAAACCAAAGGCAGGACUCACCCUAAUAUUGACCCGGAGGUGGUGCAGAGUCUGAGGGACUUCUAUAAACCCUUUAACAGGAAGUUUUACAAGAUGACAGGUCAAGACUUCGGCUGGGAUUAACAGAGAAAAAUAUUUACAGACUCAUGCUGGUCUUUUGUCUGUGUUUUUAUUUUUUUAUCAUCUCAUCACCUGAGAUAGUGUAAUGUACAGUUUUUUAGUGGCGUGUAAAAAAACUCAGAAGUCUAUUUUAUGAUUAUUUAUUGUUAAAAUAUUGAGUCACAAAACUGCCCAGUUUGUUUUUAAAGCUUUUUCUUUCAUAAUUAUUUUUCUAGAAGUGCCACGCCUUUAAAAAAAAAAAAAAUCUUUACAGGUGUCAUUGAGCAGCGUCUGUGUUUAUCUGGAAUUCUUUUGGCUUUUGCUUCACCUCAGACUGAAUGAAAUUCAGCCCCAUAACAAACUGGUAAUAUCCCCUUAACAUUUGC